UAACUUUUUGGACAACACACCCCAGCGCCUCAACAGCGAUGUGCUCUCUUUGCUUUUUCUGACACAAAUAAAGCUGGAGCUCUGCCAGGGAGGAAGGGGAAGGAAGCCAGGAAAAAGAAGAAGCCAUGGUGUGAGGAAUUUCUUUUGCAGAAGUGCCUGAGGGGGUGAAAAACGACAAAGCAGAGCUGGAGUCUGUGGGACAGGCAGCCAGUCCAUCCCAGCAAGGCUCAGCUCAGCAUCUCUGCUCCUCCAGGACCAGCUCUGGGCUCCUCUCAAACCUUCCUGCUCAGGUUCGAAGAUGAAGACAGUCCAGAGGAAUAUGAGUGUAUUCCAGCAAACUAAAAUUCUCUUGUGGAAAAAUGUCCUGAUCAAGUGGAGGAUGAAGAUGCAGAGCUUUCAGGAGUGGAUUCUGUCCCUGCUCUUCCUGCCCCUGGUGCUCAUGGUGUCCUCGCUCAUGCUGCAGAGCCACCACCCCGAGGUGCCCUUCAGCCCCCUGGGCCACCUGGAUGACCCUGCCUUCAAUGCCACCGGGGUCACCGUCACCUUCACCCCCGUCACCGCCGCCACCAGGCGCAUCAUGAGCAGAGUGGCCUCCAGCUCUGUCCUCACGGGUAUAAAACUAGAAGAAGUGGAUGAUGAGAGAGCCAUGGAGAAAGCCUGGAUUUCAAAUCCAGAAAUGAUAGGAGUUGUGUUUAAGGACAACUUCUCCUACCACCUCAGGUUUCCUUCCCCCAACGUGGUAAUUCCCAAUGAAGUCAUUGGAUACAUAGACAGCUGCCAUGAGUUCUCCUGGGAGUACUGUGACAGCCCAAAGUACUGGUACAAAGGCUUCCUGUCCCUGCAGUCCAGCAUUGAUGCUGCCAUUAUAGAGAUGGUGACAAAUCAUUCUGUUUGGGAAGAAAUGAAAUCCAUUGCUGGGGUCAGGAUGAAGUCCCAGAGCACCCUCUUCUCCAUCAGCCUGGAGUACUGCUACUUCAUGGCUGUUAUUGUGAUGUGCUUCUUGCCCUUCAUGUAUUUCUUAUCAAGGAAUGUCACACGAGAAAAGAAGCAGCUCAAAGUUCUGAUGAAGACCAUGGGGCUGCAGGACAUUUCAUUUUGGCUGUCCUGGAGCCUGCUGUACUCCGUGUACGUGCUGAUCUUCUCGUGCCUGCUGACAGCCCUGGUGCUGAGGGAGCCCUUCUACACCAGCAGCUUCCCUGCAGUCUCACUCCUCUUCUUCCUCUAUGGCCUGGCCUGUAUCCACCUGGUUUUCAUGCUCUGCUCCCUCCUAAAGACCUCCAAGCUUGCCAGCUCCAUGAGCUUCCUCAUCAUCUUUAUCUUCGGGUUCCUGAGCCUGGCAGUGCUGAUAGAAGAGGUGCCCGACCCCCUGAAGUGGUUUCUUGGUCUCCUGUGUCCUUUUGCAUUCAACACUGGCAUCGCCAAGAUUUUCGAUUUAGAGAAAUAUGAAAUAGGUUUCUCCUUUUCCAACCUUAUGGAGGAAGCACACUUUUUAUUUUCAACAUACAUACUGCUGGUGUUUGACUCAGCCUUGUACAUGGUGCUGGCUCUGUAUUUCGACAAAAUUCUGCCAGGCAAAUUUGGGAUCCCAGACCCUCCCCUGUUCUGCCUGAAGGCCUCGUACUGGAUGAGGAUGAGGAUGAGGAGGGGCUCCACCAGGGACAUGCCCAGAGCCACAGCAAACCCUGAGGAGCUGCUUGGGGAUGAUGUGGAGCCUGUGCCCCCCGAGUUCCUGGGGAAAGAGGCCAUCAGGCUCCACAAUAUUAAAAAAGUCUAUAAGAAGAAGGACAAGAAGACAGAAGCUUUAAGAGGCCUGUCUUUAAACAUCUAUGAGGGUCAGAUCACUGCCUUGCUGGGCCACAGUGGGGCUGGAAAAACAACACUGCUGAAUGUUCUCAGUGGGCUCAGCUUCCCUUCAGAAGGCUCUGCCACCAUUUACAACUACAAAAUCUCUGAAAUGGGAGACAGGGAGGAGAUCAGGGGCAUGGUGGGGGUUUGCCCGCAGUUCAACUCGCACUUUGAGGUCUUGACAGUGAGAGAAAACCUGAAAACCUUCGCAGAAAUCAAGGGCAUCAAGCCCAAUGAGGUGGAGCAGGAGGUGCAGAACAUUCUGGAACUGCUGGAUAUCACCAACAUUCAAGACACUCAAGCUGAAAAACUGAGUGGUGGGCAGAAAAGGAAGUUGUCCAUUGGAAUAGCCAUGCUUGGAAACCCCCAGGUUUUGCUCCUGGACGAGCCCACGGCGGGGCUGGAUCCUCUCUCCAGGCACCAGGUGUGGAGCCUGCUGCGCGAGCAGCGCCUGGGCAGGGUGAUCCUCUUCAGCACCCAGUCCAUGGACGAGGCUGAUAUCCUGGCAGACCGCAAGGCUUUUAUCUCGCACGGGAGGCUGAAGUGCGUUGGCUCUUCUCUGUUCCUGAAGAAAAAAUGGGGGAUUUGCUAUCAUUUAAGGAUCCAUGUCAGUGAGUCCUGUGAGCUGGAGAAUCUGACAUCCCUGGUGAAAGGGUACAUCCCCAAUGCCACCUUGUCAGGACACACCCAAUAUGAACUGAGAUAUAAACUGCCCUUAGAAAAUGUGAAUAAAUUCCCAGAUCUGUUCAGUGGCCUCGACAGCUGCUCUGAGCAGGGAAUUAUCAACUAUGGAGUCAGCAUGACCACCCUGGAGGAUGUGUUCCUGAGGCUGGAGGAAGAAGCCACAGCUGAUGCAGAAGCUGGUCCCGUCCCUGGGGAGUCGCGGGGAGCGGCAGGAGCGCGGAGCCCCGAGGAGGAGCGGAUGCGCGCGGUGCUGCUCGCGGAGCCUGGCACGGCGCUGAGCCAGGGGCUGGCCCUCUGGAGGCAGCAGGGCUCUGCCAUGGCCUGGGUGCACUUCCUGAAGAUCAAGAGCUCCGUGAAGAACCUGCGCUCCAUUCUGCUGCUCUAUGUGGUUUUUCUGCUUCCUCUGGUGUUGCAACUGUGCGUGGUGGCUGGCUGGCAGAGUGUGAGUGCCUGGCAGCUCUCCCCUGCCCGGUACUUCUUGCCCCUGGGGAGGAGAUCCUACCUGGAGACCACCACCCUCCUGGUCUACAACCACACAGGCACAGGCAUUGAUGACUUCAUCCAUGUGCUCCAGAGCCAGGAUCUUACAGUGGAAAUAGCAGAGGAGGAAAAUAUCACCGAGGAGCUCCAACACAAUGGGGCUAUAAAAGUGUCCCGAGAGGGUCAGAGCUACAGGUUCACUGUGCUGUGCCACUUGGAGGCCAUCAACUGCUUCCCAGUGCUGGUGAACAUCAUCAGCAACGCCCUGCUGAGAACCCUCAACUCCACCAGGCACAUCCAGGUCUGGAGCCACCCCUUCUUCUCUCUGUUUCAUCCAGGGUACUGGGAUUUUUUUAUGGCCUUUUACCUCUUUUACAUGCUGCUGUUAUUCCCUGGUUUUCCUCCUCACUUUGCCAUGGGCUACACGCAGGAUUGCAAGGCAGGAGCUCGUGCCCAGCUGAGGAUCUCAGGGCUCUUCCCCUCAGCCUACUGGUGUGGCCAGGCACUGGUGGACAUCCCACUCUGCUGGAUCCUGUUCUUCUCCAUGUUUGGCCUCCAGUUUGCCAUAAGCAACAAGAUUUCUGGCAGUGCCAGCACAUUCUUCUUGCUGGUCAUAGGGACGUUGGGUUAUGGGAUUUCCCUCGUCCUCUUGGUGUACCUGAUCUCCUUCAACUCUCGCAAAGGAUGGAGCUGUGAUAUUUGGUCUUUCAUCCUGAUAGUGGUGUCCUUUAUUUCUUUUUUCAUCGAGAGAAUCGUCGAUCACAUGGACAGCUCCAACAUCUCCAUCUACAUUUUGUGCCUCCUGGUUCCCGUGUACCCCCUGAUGAGUUUUGUGUUCAGCUCCAAGCACAUUUUCAUGCAGGACAGUGAGAGAUUCAUUGACGAUUCAGGCAGUCAUGUCAUAUUUGCUGUCUUUGCACCUUACAUCCAUUCUGUGGUGUUCAUUCUUCUUCUGCGCUUUUUGGAGUUGAAAUAUGGAAAAGCAGUGCUGAGAGAGGACCCAGUAUUUAGGAUUUCCCCAAGAAGAGAAAGCAGCCAGCAGCACCCCAAGGUGCUGGAGGAGGAGGAUGAAGAUGUCAGAGCUGAAAGGGAAGCAGUGAGAAAUGCUGUGGUGGCUCCAGGCCAGGAGGAGAAAUCAGUCAUUAUAGUCAGCAAUCUGUGCAAGGAAUAUAAAAUAAAGCAAGCUGGCUCCUUUUUUAAGAAGAAGAAGAAAAUGGCCACCAAAAAUCUUUCCUUCUGUGUUAAAAAAGGAGAAGUGUUGGGACUGCUGGGGCCCAACGGGGCUGGGAAAAGCACAACUAUCAAAAUGAUCACUGGAGAGACAGCCCUGACUGCUGGGCAGGUGCUGAUGAAGAGGGGAGAUGGAGGAGGCUCCCAGGAGCAGGCUCCCGCAUUCCUGGGGUACUGUCCCCAGGAGAACCCGCUGUGGCUGGAGCUCACCCCGCAGCAGCACCUGCGGCUCUACGCGGCCGUCAAGGGGCUGCGCAAGGAGGACACGGCUGCUGCUGUGCACAGAAUUGCGAAUGCUCUGCAGCUUCAAGACUACUUAAACAAAAAAGUCAGAAAACUGCCAGCUGGGAUAACCAGAAAGCUGUGUGUGGCACUGUCCCUGCUGGGCCACCCCUCCGUGCUGCUCCUGGACGAGCCCUGCACCGGCAUGGACCCCAACGGGCAGCGCCGAGUCUGGAGAACAAUCCGGGAUGCCCUGAAAGCCCAGGAGUCAGGAGCCCUCCUGAGCACGCACUGCAUGGAGGAGGCAGAGGCCGUGUGUGACCGAGUGGCCAUCCUGGUGUCCGGCCAGCUCCGGUGCAUCGGCUCCAUCCAGUACCUGAAGAACAAGUUUGGCAAAGGAUAUCUCCUGGAGAUCAAGGUCAAGGAUGCAGAGAGCACUGAUGUGCUGCACGCUGAGAUUCUGAAGAUUUUCCCGGGUGCAGCCCGCCAGGAGAGGUUCCCCUCUUUGCUUGUCUACAAGGUCCCAAUGAAAGAUGCACUGCCCCUGUCCCAGUCCUUCUCCAAGCUAGAGGCAGCCAAACAAAGCUGCAGCCUCGAGGAGUACAGCUUCUCCUUGAACACUCUGACUCAGGUGUUUCUGGAGCUCUCCCGAGAGCAGGAGAAGGAGAAUUUCGAUCUGACUUUGGAUGGGACAUUCGACUGGAAGCAGCUGCAGCAGGAGGACUGUUAAAUUUUCAUUUCUGCAGUGCUCAGUAUUAACCAAACUGCACAUAUUUACUGCCAGUGCACCAGGAGAGGGGACAGGCUCCUCCCUGACCAGAUGUUCCAGCUGCACUCUGCAGGGCUCCCAGCCCUGCUCCAAGCUGCCCUUCCCAGGCUGGUUGGUAAAAUUCCUGCUCUGGGGACAGCUCUUGUCAAGCCAGGCAGGAUGAAGCAGAAGGACUGAAAGCUUUGCAGGAAGAAGGGUCCUGAUCCAUCUCUGGAGGUCAGAUCUCUCUGGAUGUGGGUGCAUCAGGGAAUCUGGGCACGCUGCCACCUCCUGGGUUCCUGUCCCACCAGUGCCUGGGACUAUGUGUUCUUACUGCAAUUUGCACUCUGUUUUUACACCCUUCCAAUAAAUGUCUGUAGAAACUGCAGUUCCAUCCUCAUCUGCCUCACCUGGGGAGCCC